UGAAUGCGGCCCAGUGCGCGGAGGCGCGCUAUGUCACGUAUUGACGUUGAUGUGCGCCUCCUGCACGGGCCGCAACAAUGGAAGAAAAAUUAUCAGGGAUCCCUAUUUCAGUGCGUCCAGGCCCCUGAUCUAUGCAUUGCUGCUCUGCUGGGAGGAAGUCUCCUCCCUUCUUACAUGCAAGCUGCUGGAAGAGAGAGAGAGGGAGACCAAGGGGCAGCAGCAGAGGAAG